UCCAAUUAAAAAUUUUUGGCCAUGCCUUUGAAAGCGUUUAUUCUCCCAAUUUUCUUAUAAUUUCUCUGAAUAUUUUAAGAAAAAUGAGUUUAAAAUUAAAACGUUUUACUGAAGCUAUUUUUCGACACAAAAAGAAAUCAAUUUUUGCUCUUGUUGUGGCCAUAUCUGGUGGAAAUGCUCUUAAUUCAAAAAUAAAGGAUGAUGAAGUUAGACGUUUUUAUGGAGAAAAAGCAAAACAAUUUGGAGCAGUACCAAUCCACCCAACUCAAAAAUUAAGAAAGGUUGUUGUUCUUAUUAAUAAGGAAGCUAAAAGACAACAUGCUGCUCGAAUAUUUAAUAAAAAUGGAUUGCCUCUACUUAAUUUGGCUGGACUUGAUAUUAACGUCAUAAAUGUUUCCUCUCAAUCAGAAAUGGAAAAUAUUGCUCGGACAAUUGAUUACAAAGAAACAGAUUGUAUUUUUCUUGUUGGUGGUGAUGGCACUAUUUGUCAUGCUCUCAACGGGAUUUUACAAAAAACAAAAAUCGAGGACCAACCCCCAAUUGGAAUAUUUCCUGGUGGAAAUAGAAAUAAAACAUUUUCAAUUCUUGGAUUUAUUAAGGAAAGUGUAGAUUCGAAAAGUAAUGUCCGUCUUUGUUGUGAAAGUGUGAUGGCUUUAAUUGAAGGAAAACAAAAACAAUUUUAUCCAAUUUGUUGUAAAUUGGAGAAUAUUUCUGAUAAAGAAGUGAAAGAAAAAACGGAAAAUAUUUCGACAACAAUUCCUUCACCUUCUGUCAAUUAUUUUUUGUCAGAAAUUGCUUUGGGGUGGUUUGAACAUUGCGAACUUAAAAUACCCAAAUUCUGGUGGAUGGGUCCGUUCAGCAGUUAUUUUACUUAUUUUUGGGAAUUUUUUAAGUUUUGUCCUGGUUGCCGUAAAUGUAUUGAAAUACCUAAAGACAAUGGAGGUUUUUUGACGUGGAUAUUUGGGACUUCUAAUAAAGUAAAAGAUCCAAAAUUGACAAAAUUAAUUGAAAAGGAAAAUCCAUCUUGUGGUGAGAUUAAUUCUAUUGCUGUUAGUGGAACAGAUGUUCGUUUAAAUGCUGAACAGUCAGAGAAUUCAAGUAAAUUAAAAUUAAAAAUAUUUACGACAAUUGGAAUGUUGGGAACUUUAAGGGAAGCUUUGAAAAGGACAAAUUUUACUAAAAAUAAUUUUGAUAGAGAUUCUAUUGUUGAUAAUUUUGAGACAAAUAUUGAAGCAAAAAGAAUUGUUUUGCGUUUUACUGAUAUUCCGCCAAAAUUACGUAAAUUAACAAUUUCUGGGGAUUCUGUGGAUUUCGAUAAUUAUGCAGAAAAAGAGUUAAUUGUAGAGACAAUGAAUCAACCAUUAAAUUUUUUUGUUCCAAAUAUGAAAGAAAAUGAAGAAAGGCAAGGAAAUAUUUGA